AUGCAAGAGACUCGGAAAUACGCACUCGGGACACCCGAUCAAUUUGGUCUGCGUGAAUUGGGGUCGCCGUCACCACAGAAACGAAGAGGACUGGACCCCACUGCACACACUACUCCUAUGCUAGCCGCGACCAUGGAGGCGCCCCCCUUUUUCUAUUCAGCUCACGAAGAGAGCACUGCAAAUCCAUUCUCGAGUGGCAGCUCUCCUCAUGUUGAAUCAUUGCUCCACGGCCAACCAGCCCUUGCUCUGGGCUUCGACAAAUACGUGCCGGCCGUCCGCGCCGGCCUACAAGACCCCCCAUUCGAUCAUCACGACAACCCCGAGUCGAUCUUUGGAGAGAUUUUCCCGAUGGACCAGCACCUAAUUCAUCGCCCCGCCAACUCAUCUAGCUGGUGGCCAGAAGGAGGCGCUCAACAUCGCCCAAAUCUCGGAUCGCGCCACAUGCCAGCCUCCUACAUCACACCGAGGGCUCACGAAGCUAUCAACAUGUACACCCCAGAUGGAUUUCAAAUGACUACGGCGCCCAUAACGCACAGCUAUACCAACAUGUAUACCCUCGGCACCUUUCAAAUGCCCAUCGCGCCUAUCGAAUACGACCGGACUAAUAGUCACGGCUCUUCGACUGCUGUUCAACCGGUCACAACCUUCCCGCUCCAUCCUCUUCUAUCGAGCCGACAUUUGAUGCGCGCCUUCGAGGUUAUCACCGGCAGGUCACCGACUGACGGCACUGUGUGUAACUAUACUCAGGAGCAAGUAGUUCAAGCAGUAGGCGACGGUAACGCAUAUGUUUCUCGAGGCAGCGUUCUGAACCCAGUGCAAGCGGCACGAGUAAACGGAUACGUCUUCAACCCCGAGGAUCGUAGCCUGCGCAGGCUAGAUACCCCGGAGUCUCGGAGUGGCAACCCAUCAAUAACAUACCCAGUGCAGGUCGACAGGGAGUGGAUUAUUCACGUCAAGAUCCCAAGAGACCUUGUGGAGAGGCCAUUCAUGCGACGAAAGGGUGGCGGCGCGUGGUUCCCUCCCGAGGGUCUACUCUACAUGGCUGUGGAGCAUGUCGGCUUACACAUGGAUCAUUUCGAUGUGAAUGGUUCAACAAGUCCGAUAUACAGUCAGGCCGCUCCAGGGCAAGUUGAUAUCCGCCUUCUUGGAGCUCUGAAUCUUACAGCGUACGAGCUUGUGAUCUGGUUUCCUACACACGGCCGGGAUUGGGUGGAUUGGAGCAAACGCCUGGCUGGUAAUGGCUGGUCGCCGACUCAUGUGGCGAGGCUUGCAAACAAAGCGCGUGACACCGACGAGACGGAGGGAAUUCUGAAAAGCACCAUCGAAAAUCAGUUCAGCAAACAUGCGCCGCUGGCAACGCGAACCGAGACCGAAGUGUUUUCCUGCGAUAGCUGGACGCCUCCGAGUGUUCCACGCCUCAUCGACUAUCACGUCCGACAUCUGGUCACAGGCGUGAGCCGCACAGAGUUUCCAAGUGGAGCAGAUAGAGGACCAGUGACUGCAGCCAUUGAGUAUUUCCUCGAUCAUCCGGAACACCUGAUGCUCAAGCUGGGCGAGAUGGAAAGUUUCGUGGCGCACUUUGGUCUUGACAUCGGUACGGCCCUCGUGCGCCCUGGCUCUGGGCUCAACCUUGAUCGAGAUGCCAUCGGUCGGCUCGAGCCCCAACUUAACAAGUAUCGCAAACUUUGCGAACAGAGACGGAAGCAACUUUCGUCUUAG